CCACGUCGAUAAGUCUCACGUCUGUUAUUUUCCAUCUGUGCAAGUUUCCGGAUGUCCUUGCGAAGCUGCGGAAUGAGCUGGAGAACGCUGUUAGGCGGGGAGAUAUCACUGAUCCGAUUACUUUCAAGCAGGCGCAGAAUAUGCCAUAUCUGCAGGCAGUGAUAAAGGAGGCAUUGCGGAUACAUCCAGCAACUGGUUUGAUCCUGGGGCGAGUCGUGCCUGACGGGGGAGCCACGAUUGCAGGGCGCUUUUUCCCGGCUGGAACCACAGUCGGGAUCAAUGCGUGGGUUGCGGGCAGGAACAAGAACGUAUACGGAGAGGAUGCUGAGGUGUUCCGUCCCGAGCGCUGGCUUGAGGACGCAGAAGCAGUCAAGAGACGUGAAGCUUACUUCCUGACGUUUGGUUCGGGCCCACGUACAUGCCUUGGAAAGAAUAUCAGUUUACUUGAGAUGUACAAAGUCAUCCCAGUACUUGUUCGAGACUAUGAUUUCGAGCUCGAGUAUCCGGGACGGCCUUGUAGGACGGAAAACGUGUGGUUUGUAAAGCAGACGGAUUUCAGGUGUCGGGUGAGGAAGAGGUCCGGGAAGCCGUGAUUCCGCGCGUUACGCAUGAAGGAGGGACUUGCGAGUCCAAUGAGGUUUUGAAACCCCUUGCGAGAGCAAUGUCCACCUAGUUUCUGCAUCAUCCGUAACUUACCCGCAAUCCCAUCCUACUGUGCUGUUGUCGGG